ACCUACAGAUUAUUUUCCAAUUUAAGUGUUUUUUUAUGUACAACAUGUCAAAAAUAAGUAAUUAAAUAGUGGAAGAUAUUCAGUUUACUAUCAUGUACGACAAAAACAAGCAGAAAAUCAUAUUUAAGAAGCUUGGACUUUGGCACGUUUGCCACUUUUGCUCCAACAUCGAAUAAAACGAUCAGUCGAUUGAUUCGUUUUCUGCCAACCAACCAAUUGUUGCAGCUCUGCUCACUCAGCACCAUGACCAGGAAGGUGUUCACCAACACAAGGGAGCGCUGGCGCCAGCACAACGUCAACACCGCCUUCGCCGAGCUCCGCAAGCUCAUCCCCACCCAUCCUCCGGAGAAGAAGCUGAGCAAGAACGAGAUCCUGCGCCUGGCCAUGCGCUACAUCAACUUCCUGGUGCAGCUGCUGGAGAGCCAGAGCGGUCAGCCGGCCAGCCACUCCCCCACCGCCCUGCUCACCUUCCUCAGAGGAAACAUGGAGCAGCUGCAGUCCCCUCCACACACCUGGGCCCUGACCAGCUGACACUGAGGCUCCGUCACCGGGAUCCAGCUGCGACAGUGCCGAGGCCUGGUAGAAACAGAUACACAAAUUAAAAAAAUUCAAAAAAAAAAAAAAACAACUCUUGAGUGGACUCUCUGACCCUUUUCCUGGGUCUAAAAACUGAUCUUGUCCUUUCUCAAGACUUCUUUUUGUUUCUGCAUUUGUCACCUGUGUGUGACUCAUGUUUCAGUGCAGAAGAUGCAAUAUUGUGUGGUGAUGUGGCUGCCUCCGUCGCUCAUCAGUGUUGAAAUAUGAUUUGCAGGUGAAAAUUAAUUUGUAUUCUGCAUGGAUGUGUAAAACCUGGAUGUACAAUAUUCCCUUCAUGUCUUCGUGUUAAUAUUCCUUGUUGCCGACCCGGCUGGAACUAAUUUACUUUUGCAAUAAGAGGAUGUUUUGCCAAUGAGGAAAAUGGAGGGGAUUAAGGAAUUUCUCAUUUCAAGCAAUAGAUUCAGGAAGGCAUUUGAAUAGAUAAUGGCUCAGCCAAUUCUCCAGACUGCAAUCGUCUCAAAAUAGCCAAGGGCACUUUUUUUUUUU